GGUUCUGAAUAAAUCAGGCGAGGUGGUGAGGCUUAAACCGAGGCGGCGACAGACGGCAGGACUGUCAGUACACUGUGCGGAGGGGGAGACCAAGGGGUCAGAGUGGAGCCCCAGUCCCGGGGUGGCAGGUGGGACAUGGAUGCUGCAGUCCCUGGAGGAGCAGGAAGGCGUGCGUGGGGAGGCCAUCCUCCUGUACGGGGAUGUCAUCCACAGCGGUGGCAAGAAGUUUCGGCAGCAACUCAAGAACCACGCCUUCCAGGCCCUGGUGCCACUGCUCCUCCACCUGGCCGACUCCUGCCCCGAUGUGGUCAUGAAGACAAAGUUCACCUUCCUGCGCUGCGCCCUUCUGCUGAAGUGGGAGUUUCGGAAGGAGCUGUUUGGCAAGUUGGCCUGGGGCCGUGGCCUGGGGGCCGAAAAUGACAUUUUUAUCUACAUGGUAAGAUGCCGGCCCUCCUGGAGGAGGAGAGGGGAGGCCGGGAAGGUGGAGCCGGGCUGUGUGCAGACACCCCCACAGGGCAAAGGGCACCCAGGUGGGCGGAGACGCCGGGGCUCCUUUGGAUGCCAUCUGAUCUGGCCCCGUGGGUGUUUACUAAGUGCUGGCUCCGCACGGGGCAGGGGAGGAAGGCGUUGCCGCUCAGUCUCAGGGCUCAGGCCCCCAGGGUGGACCAUGUGCGGCCCAACCCCCGCCGUCCUCUGGACCAGCCGCCGCCCCCCACCGCCGUCGGGACCAGCCCCCACAAGCUGUCGAGGGGUCUCGGGGCCCGGGGCCCGCUGAUGUCCCAGGUGCAGACCUGGGAAGAGCCCUUGGGAUCCCAGAACCCGGGAGUGGGCCAAGGAGACGUGUGUGGACGUGGACGUGGACGGGGUGGGGAGCGCAGACACCACAGCCCCCUUUUCCAGCGGCCAUGGUGUCUGGCUCCAGGCACUCGCUCCGCCCCGGCAGUGACUGGAGCGGGGAAAGGGCCACGCGGGGGGUUGUUGACUACAGUGGGGACAGGCUGGGAAGAAGUGAAGGCAACUCAGGGGACGUGGAGCAGCAGGAACGUGC